CUGUCCGUGGUGCUGCCGCCCCCGCGGCCGAGCGCAUCCCCCGGACCGCGCCCGCCCGGCCGCUCCCCGCCCGGCAUCCUGUUGCGCCGGGAGCGCGGCGAGCGGAGGAAGAGCAUCCGAGAGCAUCAGAGAGCAGCAUCCGAGAGCAUCCGAGAGCAUCUGAGAGCAUCUGAGAGCAUCCAAGAGCAUCCGAGAGGAUCCUACCGAGGAGCCUGAGCGCCGGCCCCGCUCCGAACAAUGGCUGCGCUGCCGCGGCUGCUCUGCUCGGCCGCGCUCGCCCUGCUGCUCUGGGCUGGAUUUUGCUCCUCGGUGUGUGUGGAAGUCCCAUCUGAGACAGAGGCUGUCCAAGGGACGGACAUGAAGCUGCUCUGCAUCUCCUGCAUGAAGAGGGAAGAGGUGACAGCCAGCACGGUGGUGGAAUGGUACUACAGGCCCAACGGGGGGAAGGAUGAGCCUAUCUACGAGUACAGGAAAACCAACCACGAGUUCCCGAGCCGCUUCAGCGGGCGGAUCCAGUGGAACGGGAGCAAAGACAUGCAGGACGUGUCCAUCACCGUGGUGAACGUCACCCUCAACGACUCGGGCAUCUACACCUGCAACAUCACCCGCGAGUUCGAGUUCGAGAUCCACCGGCCGCUCUUCCAGAGCUCCAGGGUCAUCCACCUCACCGUGGUGGAGGAGGCUGGAGAAGAUUUCACCUCUGUCAUCUCAGAAAUCAUGAUGUAUAUUCUGCUGGUGUUCCUCACGCUGUGGCUGCUGAUUGAGAUGAUCUAUUGCUACAGGAAGGUGUCCAAGGCAGAGGAGGCUGCCCAGGAAAACGCGACAGACUACCUUGCAAUUCCAUCGGAAAACAAGGAGAACUGUGCUGUGCCUGUGGAGGAGUAGCAGAGGGGAGGCAGCGCAGUGAGCGGCACCAAGCUCCUGUGCGAACUCCACCCUCACCCCUGUGAGCUCCAAGAGGAAUUGUCUCCCUUGCAGGGGCUCUGAAGACAGAAGGACCACGCCACACCAGCCAGCUUUGAGGGGAGCUCUGCGCUGUCAAAGGAGGAGCAGGGGGAAGUGUAAAUUCUCUCCCAUUUGGACUCUGUACAGCCUUGACUUUGGUCCUGUGACCCACCCGAGCUGCCAGCCCGGUGCUGAAGGACUCCUCUGUGGAAGCAUGCUGAGCAAAAGGGUGUGGGCAGCACGGCUCCUCCCCGGCUCUCAGUCCCACCAUCACCUCAAUGGCUUUGUAAAUGUCACCUGUCAGUCCUUAGCUGCUCUCACCACCACCUUUAUUUGCUAAAUGUGCUACUUCUCCACUGCAGAGGUUAAGGGUAUGUAUGGCACGCUGCUCUGAGCUGCAGGAGUGUGAACAAGGACCUCUUAGGGGGUUAUUCCACCACAUACUGUGGCCCAAGCGGUUUUCUUGGUGUUAAAACAGGGAGAAUUUAAUUAAUUAAUGAAGUCACUCUGAAUUUUAGGCUGUCCAUGCACAAGCAGAGUAGGGUGAGGACUGUAAUGCACUAAAA